AUGUCCCCACCCUACCAGAAAUGCAUCUUCACCUACGGCGUCCAAGGCCUCAAAGCACUCUUACAAGCAAUCUACCACCACUUCUCCAUCACAUCUGCCUCCUUCACGCCGCAGAAAUUCCCCGAACAUCUGAAAAUGUCCCCACGCCCCAGACCUGCUACGGAGGAUCCAAAGGAAUUGCGGCGGUGGGUGGUGUUGAAGCAGUUGGAUUGUUUGGAAGCGAGGGAUUUGAUUGUUAAUGCCGCGGAUAGGGCGUUGGAGUUUUGUAUGAGUGAUGAAGUUGGUCGUCUUGUCACUUUAGGUGAUGGCGAGAAUACUGAGAGGCAUGCCAUACCGCCGAUUGAGGGGGUGGAUGAUGCGUGGAGGAGGGAGAUGCUGCAGUAUGUGCAGUAUGCAGUUUAUGCGCUGGCAGUAUGGCUGUCUUGCAAAUUUGAUGGUGCGGGGGUAAAGUUGAGCGAGAGACUUACUAUCAAGCAUUUGCCCCGUGGAAAGCGCUGA